CGUUUUGUACAAAGUACCUAUGUUAAUUUGUGAGUUUUAGAUUUUUCCGGAUUUAAUUUUGGCGAUAUGGAGUAUUUGACUUGCUUUGUUUUAUUAUUUAUAACAUUGUAUUCAUUCAAUGAAGUAUAUACCAAAGAAACCAGGCAAUUGAUAGACGAUCUUAAUCCUAUUUUAAGAAUCAUCAAAGUAAAUCUUGGAAAAGUCCUAGAAAGGUCCGUAAACAGUGACGUCAGUCGAAAAAUAUUGGAAAGAGAAAAUAAGGCUGUUAAGGAACUGCCAGCAAGUAUUCCAUUUCCCUGUAAGUUAAACGGUAAAAUGAGAAGCGACAGAGUUCCAACGAAUGCUCAUGAAGUCAGACCUGGUGAUAUUGACGUUAUCGGUGGAAUGGGUGACAGUUUAACAGCAGGUACUGGAAUAUCAGCCUCCUCUGUUAUCCAGGAACUUUUCGGAGAAGAAAGAGGUCGAUCGUUUUCAAUAGGCGGAGAAAAAACAUGGAAAGACUAUUUGACGCUUCCAAAUAUUUUAAAAAUGUUCAAUUGCAAUUUAUUUGGAUUUGCUUUAAAAGCUUCGCAAAGUUUUCAAAGGGAAUCGCAGUUUAAUGUAGCAGAAAACGGAGCUAUAUCUUCUAACAUCCCUUACAUGGUGAAAGAAUUGGUCAAAAGGAUAAAAAAUGAUCCCAGAGUGGACUUAAAGAAUCAUUGGAAGAUGAUUACGAUUAUGAUUGGAGACAACGAUUUUUGCUCAGAAUUGUGCUACUAUCCAAAUUAUUACGAUUCUUUAAACGAACAUAGAAACGAUUUACUUUUUGUUCUCAGAUAUUUGAGAGACUACUUACCUAGGACUAUAGUCAACGUUAUCCCUGCUCCACGACUAGACAUGUUUAUGGAAAUUACCGAUAUUCCCAUAGAAUGCUACGUGAUCCACAACUUCGCCUGUCCCUGUAUGACCGGUCUGGCUUACAAAAGUAAACGCAAAAUACUCAAAGACAUUAUGGUUAAAUGGCAGCAAAUAGAUUUGGAAGUCAGUAAUAUGAAGGAGUUUGAUUUGGAUGAGUUUACCGUCAUUCCGCAUUUAUUUACUACGAAGUAUACUUUUCCUACGACUCCUGAGGGCAAAAUAGAUUUCGGAUUUUUAGCUCCAGAUUGUUUUCAUUUUUCUGAAAAAGCUCAAGCUAGAGUUGCCAAUGACCUCUGGAAUUCCUUGUUGGAACCAUUUGGAAAUAAAAGUACGGACGGCACUGAAGUUUUUUCAAAAUUUCAUUGUCCUACAGAUGAGCAUCCGUAUAUAUUCACAAGAAGAAAUAGCUAA